AUGAUCUCAUAUUCCAGGUUUCACCGUGAAAGGAUGUCACUAUCGAAUCGAAUACCAAGGAGACAAGCAACCCAGAUGUCACUGUCGACAAGUGUUAUUCCACCUGAAGGUCCUAGUUCCAAGUCCAGUACGGAGGAGGAUAGGUCUUCAAAAAUCCCUGAGAACUUAUAUGACAAGGACUCAAAUAUCCAUUUCAUUCUCCUACCUUUGACAAUAUCAUGCAACAACCCAUUCCUACAUUGUUUUCUUCUCAAUUCGUUGAUCAAGACAAAAAAAUUUGAAGAAGAUGAAUAUAUUGAGUUUUCUGAAUUCGAGUUUGAUCCAGAAGAAGAAGAUGUAGAAGAUCAUGAUAUAAUGCCUAGCAAGCAAUACAAGAUCUUAAAUUUGAAGCUGAAUACGAUUCUUCAGUUCUUGAAUGACUCGUCUGCGUUUACAACGUCUUCUAUGGUUAGAGAAGAUGUUGAAUUUUUGUUGAAAGGUCAAGAAAUGGAGAUGAAGAAUCUUUUUGAUAAGGCAAUUUCUCAGUUGGAAACUCGUCUUUCUGCUAACAUGUCCUCUUUCACCUAUGAUAUUAUAAAAAUAAAAAAUAUGGCUCAUGAGAGACAUGAAUCUUUUGAGAACAUGGUGACUGAUUCGAAAGAGUCUAUUGAGUUGAAAAUUAAGGAUUUUGUUGAUUUGGUCUCUAAAGAUAUUAUGAAGCUUGAUAAGUUUGGUAUAGGAAUUCAACAGAAUGUUGAUGUUCUUCUUGGUGCUACAAGAACACUAAUUGAAGAUAUUCGUGCUUUCAAUAAACACUAUGUUGAAGAAUGGAAGUUAAUGAAAGAACUUGACGGGAAAGUUUUUACAAAUAUUGAUAACGCUCUUACAAGUUUUCAUGAUCGCUUACCGAAGUUUGAUAUUCCAUCAAUGACUUCGAUUUCUCAAGAACAAAUAUCUUCUAUGGUUUCUUCAAUGGAAUCGUGUUUUAAAACUCAACUUGCUCCAAUUUUGGUUCUUGUUCUUCGAUUACCCACUAAUGUUCCACGCCCAUCAAUGCUUGUGUCACAAGGGGGAGAUAAGGAUGGUUCAUCGAAAGAUGAAGGUGACGAUGAGGGAAAAUUUGUCGGGAUGGUAAUUUCUAUGCAAAUUCCAUUUUCAAUUCAAAUGAACCUAUUUUGA